AUGGCCUCCUCCGUCGAAGCGCCUUCUACAGGCCUCUUAAAUCUAGAGAAAGAACUUGUCUGUUUCAUAUGUACCGAGAUCCUGUACCAACCUCUCACCCUGCUGGACUGUUUGCACUCAUUCUGUGGUUCGUGCUUAAAGGAAUGGUUCUCACAUCAACAUCGCAAGGCGGCCCACUCUCACUCAGCUUCGAAUACAAGUCCAUACACAUGUCCAACAUGUCGCGCCCCGGUCAAGGAUGCACAGCACAAUGCUAUGAUAAAUACCUUGCUGGACAUGUUCCUGGCCGCAAAUCCUACCAAAGGUAGGUCUGCUGAAGAGAAGGCCGAAAUGGCACAAGUCUACACCCAAGGCGAUGAUAUAAUGCCCAAAGUUGAGAGUCACCGUAGAAGAGAGCGAAGGCGUCGCGAAGAAGAGGAACUUGCUGCACGAGAGAGGCGUACUGCAAACGACGCAGUGCGUGAGCGGAGCAGACAGACUCAACAUCUAGAUCCCACUCCUAGAUCAUCUAGGCGGACAACUAGUGCGGGUAGUGGUGGCAGCCGUGAGCUUCGGACCGGGACAGAGACUUCAAGAGACUCGGAGAGAAGACAACAAAGAGAACAACACUCAGACAAUGAAGCCGCAGGAAGAGCCCCGCAUACUGCACGCUCCUCAAGUUCUGCGGAUAUAUCAUCACUUUCUCCUCCGGCUGGUUCACCUAGACACCCGGAUGCGGUCGAAGCCCGCCAACGAGGUGCAAGAACAGUGGCUCAUCAAGCAAGUCUGCGUUCAUUGGUGAGCGCCUCAGAGAGUGGGACAGGCACAGGUGAAAGUCUGAGUGAAGCACAACUCAUGCAAGAUAUUUUGGCUGAAGGUCUGUUGGAUGGAAUUAAUGUUGACGAACUCACGGAAGCGGAGCAAGAUGAAUUAAGUGAGAGAAUAGCUGAACGAUACCGGCAGUUGCACCCAGAGAGACUUCGACGACAAUUAUCCGAUGAAGCUAGGCGAGAAAGAAGGCAUGACAGUCUCCCAACUUCGCCGAGACAACCCGAAGUUCAGAUCGAAGAAGCCGAUCGACGCUCUCGUCAGUCAUCGAGAAGUACUCAACGUCGCCAGACUCAACCUAGUCCGAGAUCAAGCCAUAAUGUGACAGUAAUGGGACCUGAAGCACGACCGCCAACAUCGUAUCCGCAACUCGUCGAGCAAACCUUGACACCACCACCGCAGAACAGGUCACAUCGUCGGCGAGCUUCGAACGAGAGUGGAAGGAGCGAAAACUCAACAACAAGAACUCGGCGGCCAUCGCAGUCCGGAAGUUCGCGCACUCCUGCUAGUCGGUCUGCGACCGACUUGUCCGAAAGGCCACAAUCGGCAUCAUAUACUUCGAACCAGCCGCACCUACUUUCGAACACAGAGCGGUCAAACACUGAACCACAACGUUCUCCAAGAGCAUCAGAGGUGUGGAGAGCUGGAUCUAACCAAGUCUCUAGUCCACCGCACGUCGAUUCUCCAAAUCCCCAGUCGCCGCGGGUGGAAUCUGCUCGAGCUGUUGCCUCGGGUCCAAGCAAUGCUCCCAUUCCCGUUUCGCCUCCAAGGCUGGACUCGGCAAUACUCGCUCCGGAACUGACUUCCUCCUUGGCCUUGUUGUCACAAUUUGAUGAGCCAUUGGUAACUUGUGCACGCUGUGCUCGAGAGAAUAUUCAAUAUGAAGUUCACAAACAUUGUGCACCCUGCGAACUUGACAUCUGCUUGAGAUGCUACCGGGCUGGUCGAGGCUGCAAUCAUUGGUUCGGCUUCGGUCAUGCAGCCAUGUUCAAAUUUGAUUCGUCACAUCCAAGAAGCUCUCAAGCAAUUGAACUACCCCAUAUAUUGGUCGGUCGCCAGUACCAGAAACCACCAUCUUCAUCUCGGCAAGGCAUGCGGGGCAAAACGAUUGUCACUUCUUCUGACCCAACAUCUCGUUGCAAUGAAGGCAAUUUUUGUGAUAGAUGUGGAAAAUUUGCGAAUGCAUGCUUUUGGUCGUGCGACUAUUGCAAUGACGGCGAAUGGGGAUUUUGCAACGAUUGCAUUAACACGAAUCACUGUUGCUCUCACCCACUCCUGCCAGUUGCUCACAAAUCCUACGAUCCAAGAUCGAAGAAUGCGCGGCAUUCCGGCGCCAUUACUCAUUCUGGGUCAGUGACAUUGAGUCCGUAUCGUCGCGGUGGCCGCGACCCAUCACCUGCUCAUAGCGCACCUUCAAGUGCAGCGUCUGCGAAUGAACCACCACUUGGCUUGAGAGUUGAUAUUGUUCCUCUUGUCAUCACCACCAAUUGUGACGUCUGUGCCCGACCGGUCGCGCCAGAGGAGAUGCGUCAUCACUGUCCCAGCCACCCCACGCCCGCAGCAGCAUUUCUAGACCAAAAAGGUGACUUUGAUAUUUGUAAUGAUUGCUAUCUUGGCUUCGUCAAAACCGGUCGUAUCGCCCGCGAAAACGGACCAGAUGGCUGGCAUCUGUGUCCGGAUGGUCACCGAAUGAUCUCGAUCACAUUCGAACCAGAUCAUGAUGGCGGUCAAAGACGAUCAAUCAUUCGUAACCUUGUAGGUGGAGUAAAAAUGUCUGAUGCCGACAUGGUGGCAUGGAAGCAAGCGAAUUCUCAAUUCAGAGGCCCGGAUGCAGCAGCAUCUACAGGGCGUGGCCAAUGGUCAUGGCGAGAAGAUGCAGCAGGAACACGCCGUACUACAAGGGCGCGUGCACCCACCCUUCCAGUUCCUGGAAAUUCCAAAUCUCCACCAGAUGGAGGCGUUGGGAAAGUUUGUCGCGCUUUGUGGAGCUAUUACCCCGAAGACGGUGAAGACGGAAAGGGUGAGUUAAUGUUCCCCAAGCAUGCAGAAAUCCGUGAAGCGGAAGAGGUCAACGAGGAUUGGUGGUAUGGUGUUUACUCGGGUGACGUCGGUGUUUUCCCCAGUGUCUAUGUGAGGGAAGCUGCCGAGCUACAAGUCAGCUAG